AUGUUCCGAGUCGUAACCACAGAGCUCGCGCAAAGGGAAUCCGUUGGCGCAAUACAAGAGCUCAAUUUGGAUAAUUGUAAAAGCACAGCCAUCAUAGGCCUCACAGACGAGUACACAAACCUCGAGAACCUAAGUCUUAUCAACGCCGGUCUCACAACACUUAAAGGUUUCCCAACAUUACCCAAGCUAAGGAAGUUAGAACUCUCCGACAACAGAAUAUCACAAGGACUGAACUUCCUCAGCGGAUGCAAGAAGUUAACCCAUCUGAAUCUUUCGGGGAACAAAAUCAAAGAUUUAGAAACGCUAAAACCAUUACAGGAGUUUGAAAACCUAAGAAACUUGGAUCUUUUCUAUAACGACGUCACCAAUAUCGAAGAUUACAGAAGUAAAGUGUUUGCUAUGCAUCCAUCACUUAAAUAUUUAGACGGUUUCGAUAAAGAAGAUCGUGAAGGUGAUGAUAGUGAGGCUGAUGAAGACGAUGCCGAGGAAAUGAACGGAAAUAAUGAUAGUGAUGAAGAAGAUUUGGACUUAGAUUUGGCUUCUCUAGCGAUUGAUGAUUCUAUAACAGAAGGAUCAUCGCCAAGUCUUCUAGUAUCUUUAUACACAGUGUACGGUCUACUAUUCCACUUGGGUUAUAUAAUGAAAAAAUCGGGUGACGAUGAUGAUGAUGUAUCACUGCGUGCCGUGUACAGAGACAAUUUGGUUGAAGAGAGUUCAGGCAGUUCACUGUACGAAGGAGAGGAGGAGGAAGAAGAUGAUGACGAUGAUGAUGAAGACGAUACACACAAGGAGGUCGACCAAAACGCGCACGAGGAAGAGAGCACUCGAGGUAAGAAACGAAAACACGAAGACGACGACAACUGA